CGUCUGGGUCGUGGAGCCGUCGUCCGCGGUCUCCUGCGGAGAUGGGCUCAGUGGCCUAGCGCCCCUGUCCCCGCCGUCCGUGAUCGAGCGCCGAGGCCCGCGAGGGGUCGCCGCCGAGGUUUCCAACAGCCCACAAGCAAGAGCAUGGCAGCCAUCCCCUCCAGCGGCUCGCUCGUGGCCACCCACGACUACUACCGGCGCCGCCUGGGCUCCACUUCCAGUAACAACUCCUGCGGAAGUGCCCAGUACCCUGGGGAAGGCAUCCCCCGCCACCCUGGUCUCCCCAGAGCUGACCCGGGACACUGGUGGGCUAGCUUCUUUUUCGGGAAGUCCACUCUCCCAUUCAUGGCCACUGUGUUGGAGUCCCCAGAGCACUCAGAACCAGCCGAAUCCUCCACCAGCAUGAUCACCUGUGACCUGGCUCAGGAAGCCGUGGGGAAGCGGCAGCCUAGCGGGCAGCCUGGCCAAACCAACUACAGGCCCCCGUCCUGAGUGGCCACCACCAGCUGCCGGGCUUCCUCCCAAGGCGCUAGGCUCCUCAGAGCCCCCCCUCCUUCCCCUCCCUGAGAGUGAGCAGGCUGCCGCCAACAGCAGCAGUUGGGU